AUGACUGGCCAUGCAAUGUGGGUGAUGUCGGCCAGAAUUGCUCAUCAAUCAAGGACGCAGCAGCAUGCUUGGUCAUGUAUGGAUCGAGCGAUGUAUAUUCCAGCCCGUUCCUCUCCAUAA